AUGGGUAAACCAACAAAAGGCAUAUCUUUGUUCGAAAUAAGAUUAGAGGGUACAGAUCAUGAUGUAAUUGUCGUUAAAGGAUCCGCCAAUGAUGCACCUUCUGUUCUGUUGAGUGGAAAUGUCGUUCUUUCAGUUACGGAGCCAAUUCAGGCUAAGAAGAUAUCUUUACUAUUAUAUGGAGUUAUCAAGAUGAAUGUUUCAACCGUUGUGCAGAGUGCAAGAGGAACAGCGACCAGAACUCUUAAACACGAUAAAAGAUUCUAUGAGUUCCAUUUCGACGAUAUUGAUUUGAGCCCCUAUAUGGUGGACAGUUCUACGGUGAAAAAGUCCCUGAGUAGAAGCAGUUCGUCGUCCAGUCUUGGAGGACUUGCUUCUUUCAGCAGAUCUACUACAUCUUUGAAGAACUUUGCAACUGGAGCCAGCCAUUCACUGGUGCUCCCUGAAGGAAAUUAUGUUUUACCUUUUAGCGCAAUUUUACCAGGUUCUCUAACGGAAAGUGUGGAAGGGUUACCUAAUGCUUCGGUAUUCUACAAGCUAAGAGCAACUUUGGAAAGAGGAAAAUUUGCAUCAGACUUGAGUACAAAGAAACAUGUGCGUGUCGUUAGGACUUUGACACCAGAUGCGUUAGAGCUCUUUGAAACAGUAGCAGUGGAUAAUACAUGGCCAAAAAAGGUCGAUUACUCAAUUUCUGUUCCAUCUAAGGCCAUCGCUAUCGGCUCUGCAUCUUCCGUAAAUAUCAUGAUUGUGCCUUUGUUAAAGGGCUUAAAGCUAGGCCCAAUAAAAAUAUCACUACUGGAAUACAUUUCCUACUCGGCUCCAUAUAAUAAUCCGAAUACCGCGGAGAGGACGAUUAUGAAAAUGAAAAUACGCGAUCCAUUACAUAAUAAUGCCAACACUACUGACAGCGACUUUCAAGACAAAUGGGAAGUCAACACAUCGGUAAGGGUACCACCAAACCUCUCGAAAUGUACUCAGGAUUGUGUAAUUAUGUCCAAUAUUAAGGUGCGUCACAAGCUGAAAUUUGUCAUUGCAUUAAUUAACCCGGAUGGACACGUAUCAGAACUACGUGCGUCAUUGCCCGUGCAGCUAUUCAUUUCACCAUUUGUCACUAUAGCUGUACAAAGACCGGAAAACAUUGAGAGCAGUACUAAUAACUCAGCCAACAACACCGAUAAUGAAGCAGCUGAAGGAGACGAUUUCAUGUUUGCAAACACCAAUUCAGAGGUUAACCUAAACGCAAUAAAUAUGGCACCAAAUGACUCUAACGCACCAUCAACGUCCUUAUUUGCUCCUCCAAAUUAUGGUAACCACGUCUAUGAUAGGUUGUGGAAUGAUAUUUCAGUAGAUGAUACGGCUUUAAAUUCGGGCACUCAGUCUCCUAUUGAGUCCACACACACCCCUCUACUCUCUGAGCCAAAUGAAAUGCGAGAGUUACAAAAAAGUUUACAAAGGGUUAGAAUUGAACGUGAGAUGGAGGAAGCCGAUAGCAUUGGUCUGAGCUUUGAUCCUCAAGUACCAAGUAGAUCUGCUCUGGCAACACCUCUUUCAUUGCAUGAUAUUCCAAGCCAACUUCGGGUUGGAGACUAUUUUGCGGCGGCGAAUCAUUCUAGUCGCAGUAAUCUCAAUUUACUGAAUGUGCCACCUUAUUUAAGAUCCCCUUCCCAGAUGGAUUCUCCUGGGUUUGAUUUCAUGUCUAGAGCAAAUUCUUUUGAAUCCAGAGCAGGAUCCCCGUCAAGGAAAGACUGGGAGAUUUCCAGUUUAAGUCGUGUGCCAUCUUAUGAUAAUGCAAUGAAAACUUCUUCGGUCAUGGGCGAUUUACCACCGGCGUACCCUGAUGAGGACGAGCAAAGAGAUAAAAACCAAUCUACUGUCGGAUCACUGGAAAAGCCGCGAGAGUUACACCAUAGAGGGCAUCAACCGGAUGGGAGUCAGUAUACUUCUUCGAAGCUCUCCUCGUUAUUAUUAUCCAACCAUGAUAGCCAAUCCACCAACGCAUUGAACAUGUAUACCAAUGAUGUUCAUGAAAGAGAGAUGGAUGACUCGCAAACAGGAAAACUCUUCUCAAAGCCGAUACUCACUAGGUCAACAUCAACAAGUGCAUUGAAAAACACUGCAUCAAAGCACUUUGGAUUUAGCAUGACACCUUUAUCUCAGUUAGCUAGAGCCGCGACACCACCUGCAAGUAUGAUUAACACAUCUCAUCAUUCUAGUAGUUCAAUUCAGAUACCAAAAGCGGCAUCGAAGGGACCCAAGAGUAAUGCGCCACUAAGGAACGGUAAUUCUUUCGCAAGUUUGUCAGGCAUAUUGCAUAAAAGGGAAUCAAAUGAAUGA